AUGCAGCACGUGGCAUCAGGCGGCACCCAUGUACCUGCCAUCGACGUCAUACACAGUUGCCAUCCCUGGACAGCUGCAGUUGCCAUCCCUGGACAGCUGCAGUUGCCAUGCCUGGACAGCUGCAGUUGCCAUGCCUGGACAACUGAAGUUGCCAUGCCAGGACAAACUGUAGUUGCCAUGUAUGAUCAAAAAUGUGAUUGCAAUGUACAAACAACCGUGGAUGGUUAUUACAGUGGUGCUACCUCGGGAAAGGUCUCAUGGCAAGCUUCACAGAUUGCAGACAUAGCACGUCAAUUUGGUGUGACAGACCACACAAGAUGGGCACAUGCGGCACAACAAGGGCCUUCAACUACAAUCAACAGUGGCGCGGGGACAUCUACUGCGGGGAGCUCUGAGCGCACGGAAGACGCGUUCCACCAGCCAGCCAACAAUCAUGCCGCAAACAAUGCCGAGUCAGAGUCGGAAAUGGCAAUCAUUCCAGCAAUGCCGACAAGCACACCUUUGAACACAAGCACUGGCAACACUCAAGUAGAUGAAAGUGCCUCCGAUACUGAAGUGAAUGAUGAAACUGAUGACGAAGCACAAGGGGAUGAAGAUGGUGGGCAAUCAGAGAUCAUGGUACCUCAGCCACCUUACGUUGGGCAGAGAUUUGAAUCGUUCGCAGAGGCAAAGGAAUUCUACCAAACAUAUGCAAAGUUCCAUGGAUUUGCGGUCAACACCGAAUACCAUAGGAAAAUUAAGAAAACUAACGAGUACAACAGAGAUGGAGCACAGUGGGUGGUCACUGAAUAUUUUGACGAGCACAACCACAAACUCAUAAAGAAGUUCGACCUGGUAAAAUUUCUGACCGCCCACAGAGGAUUCACCCCCCUCGAGAAGAAAUUCAUAAAGCUGCUACAUGAUUAUAACGUCGGUCCAUCAAGAAUGGUCCAGAUACUAUCACUCAUCCACAGCAAAAAAGGGACUUUGAGUAGCAUGCCCUACAUACCAGCUGACGUCACAAACCUAAAGGCAAAGUACCGUAGAGAGAGCAAGUUGGCUGACAUAGAGGCCACAAUGGCCUACUUCGAUGAGAAAGCAAAGGAAGAUCCAGAUUUCUUCUACAGGAUAAGAUUAGACGAUGAGGACCGUGUCAGGAACAUGUAUUGGGUGGAUGGUGCUGCAAGAAGAGCCUACAAACAUUUCCGAGAUUGCAUUUCAUUCGACGCGACAUAUCUCACUAAUAUGUACAAGAUGCCAUGCGCUCCAUUCAUAGGAAUAAAUAACCACAAUCAGUCGUUGCAGUUCGGAUGCGGGCUCGUUCGGAACGAAGACACGGAUGGGUACUUUUGGCUCUUCAAGACCUUCUUGGAGUGCAUGGGUGGACUUGCUCCGAUGAACAUAAUAACAGACCAGGAUUUUAGCAUGCGUGCAGGCAUAGAGGAGGUCUUUCCGUUGGCAGUGCACAGGCACUGCAGGUGGCACAUUAUAAAGAAGGCUGAGGAGACACUAGGACUGUUCUUUGCUGACCGUCCAGACCUGCACAAGGCAUUCGAGCUGUGCAUGGACCACAGCUUGACGGUGGAGGAGUCUGAAAGGAGCUGGAUGGCUAUGAUUGAAACAUAUCAAGUCCAAGACCACGAGACGCUUGCUAGCUUAUGGGAGAAGCGAAUGUACUGGGUGCCGGCCUACUUCAUGCAGUGUUUCUUCCCGUUUCUGCAGACUACACAGCACAGUGAGGGGUUCAAUGCUAUUUUGAAGUGGUACGUGAGCCCUGGCAACUCAUUACUACAGUUUGCCAAGCAGUACACCGCUUUGCAACAAAAAAUACUGGGAUCCAAGCUACAGCAAGUAGCAAAUACCGCGCUCAAGCAGCCAAAAUUGCUAACGUAUUUACCAAUGGAGAGGCAGAUGAGCAAGAUAUACACCAACAGGAUUUUUAACAAAUUCCAGGAAGAAAUAAAGUGUGCCAGCAUGUACACGGCUUUCCAGGUGGACGAACAUACGUUCAAGGUGUGUUCUAUCAUGGGCAUGUCGGAUUCAGAACCUGAAGACCCAGACAAGGGAAGGAACUACUUUGUGAAGGCAUCGAUAAGCGAAGGCGAAUACUACUGCCAAUGCUGCAAAUUCGAACGGGACGGGAUUGUGUGCUGUCACAUUCUAAAAGUAAUGGACUUGAACGCGGUGACACGAAUGCCCCGCCAUUUCAUAAGGCGGCGAUGGACUUGGGACGCUGACGACGCAUUGGCACCGCAAACAUCAAAUGCAGUUUUGGCCGUGCAUGACGAGAGACCAGAGUCAACCAUGGAAGCCGUGAGGCACGUUGUGUUGACAAAGAACUAUGCUGAACUAAUUGAUGAAGCGUGCAAGAGUGAUGAGACAGCAAAGGUCGCAGAAAAACACAGGAAGGCCCUCAAAAGAGAGCUUGAUGAGAUCAAGAAGAGGAAAGCUGAGGAAGCCUUACACAGGUUCCCCCGCACAUCAAGUGUGCCUUCGUCCACAGGGCCAUCAUCUGAAAACUCGGAGGUAGGAUCUGGACAACAAGCACACAAACACAGGUGCAUCAGCAUCUGA